AUGGUUUUUGGAGCGUUGUUUGCAGCUGUAGCCUCAGUACCUCGCAGCUUCCUGGUCUAUGGUGUCCCUGGCCUUGUGCUGCUGUGGCAGGGCGGCCGGCUGCUGAACAAGCUGUGGUGGCAGCCGCGGCGGCUGGAGCGAGCUCUGCGCGCGCAGGGCCUCCACGGCACGUCGUACCGUUUCCUCACCGGCGACCUCAAGGAGUUCAACCGGCUCAACAAGGAGGCCUGGGCCAGGCCGCUGCCGCUGGGGUGCCACGACAUCGUCCCCCGCGUCACGCCGUUCCUCUGCAACCACGUCCGGGAGCACGGCAAGACGUGCUUCUCCUGGUUCGGGCCGAUUCCCAACGUGACCAUCACCGAUCCCGCGCUGGUCAAGGACUUGCUCUCCAACAAGUUCGGCCACUUCGAGAAGCCCCAGCUCCCGGCCUUGACGAAGCUGCUCUCCGACGGACUCACGAGCCACGAGGGCGAGAAAUGGGUCAAGCACAGGAGGAUCCUCAACCCUGCAUUCCAUCUCGAGAAGCUCAAGCUCAUGCUGCCAGCUUUCUCUGCGUGCUGUGAAGAGCUUGUCAGCAAAUGGGCGCAGUCCCUGGGCUCUGACGGUUCGUGCGAGCUGGACGUCUGGCCAGAGCUCCAGGCCCUCACCGGAGAUGUCAUUUCCCGCACCGCAUUCGGCAGCAGCUACCUUGAAGGGAGAAGGCUUUUCCAGCUCCAGUCCGAGCAAGCCGAGCGCUUUGUAGGCGCCAUUCAGAACAUUGUCAUUCCAGGUUACAUGCACUUACCAACGAAAAACAACAGAAGAAUGCGCCAAAUCAACAAGGAGGUCAACUCAAUUUUACGAGGAUUGGUUGGGAAAAGAAUUCAAGCCAUGAAAGAAGGUGAACCCACCAAAGAUGACUUACUGGGCUUAUUGCUGGAGUCAAACAUGAGAGACACGGACGAGAAUGGCCAGUCCAGCCUGGGAAUGACAAUCGAAGAUGUCAUCGAGGAGUGCAAGGUGUUCUACUUUGCAGGGAUGGAGACGACAUCAGUGCUAAUGACAUGGGCAAUGGUCUUGCUAAGCAUGCACCGAGAGUGGCAAGACCGUGCAAGGGAGGAGGUGAUUGGCUUAUUUGGGAAAACUAAACCAGAAUACGAGGGAUUAAGCCGCCUCAAAACGGUGAAUAUGAUCCUUUACGAGGUUCUCCGACUAUACCCGCCGGCCAUCGUGUUCAGCCGGAGAACCUACAAGGAGAUGAAGAUUGGAGAUGUCACGUAUCCAGCCGGUGCGUUCAUCGAGAUCCCUAUUCUGUAUAUCCACCAUGAUCCUGACACCUGGGGGAGUGACGUCAACGAUUUCAAGCCGGAGAGGUUCGCCGAGGGGAUCUCCAAGGCGUCCAAGGACUCGGGCGCGUUCCUCCCGUUUGGUUGGGGACCUCGCAUAUGCAUCGGCCAAAACUUCGCACUCCUUGAGGCCAGGAUGGCGAUGUGCAUGAUCCUUCAGCGGUUUGAGCUUGAGCUCGCGCCAUCGUAUACUCAUGCGCCACACACGGUGAUGACGCUGCACCCGAUGCAUGGUGCACAGAUCAAGCUUAGGGCGAUCUAAUACGCCAGUGGAAAACUUGUUUUACAGUUACUUGUAAUGUAACAUGUCGAUGUGAUAAAACUUUAUCUAUGGAUAUUGGAAAUAAAUAUCUUUGCAGUGGCUUCUCGUGUUUCA